UUUUUUAAAAAAGAACUAACUUUUAAAAGUGAAAUCUAUUUGAUGUUUUUAAAGUACCAAUAUUUUUAAAUCCUAUUUGAUAUUUUAAAAAAAAAUUCAUUUUAUAUUUUUUAAAAGUUAUUGAAAAAAUGGGAGAUAAUCUACGACAAAAGGUAUUACAAAUAUUUAAAAAAUUGCAUCGUACUCGAAUGAAAACUUUUCAAGGUGAUGAACAUGCAUUACAAGUAUUAAGGAACAAGAUAAACGAGGAGUACAAAAAAUAUAAAAAUGUCACAAAUACAGCUGCUAUUGAAGAGCUAAACAAAUUUGCGGAAGAAGUAGAACAUGAAGUACGAACGACAAUAGUUCAAGCAGUUGAAACAAAACCUGGACAUUUUGAAUUACGCAUUACACCUGAUACAACAUUAGUAGACAAUGUGCCCUACAAAGAUGAGCCAUGUAAUAGAAGUAAAAAGGACAAUUUAGAUACUUCUACUUCGAAAGAUAAAGCAAAGUAGUUAUGUAUAAUUAUAAAUAUAAAAUUAUAAAUAUAUUUAAAUUAUGCAAUAAGUUAAAUUAUAAUUAAAU